AUUUCAUUCAACUUAUUAUUUAGAAAUUCAAUUUCAAUUAGUGAUAUUGAUUAACUUAUAAAUCUGUGUGUGUUUUUCCCUAUUCAUCCCUCUUAGCAUCGUCAUGACAUCUCAAGAGACGCCGAUUAAUGGUCAUUACCAACAAAUUGAUUGUGAUUGGUCUUUGCCCUAUUCAUCGGCGUAUCUUGUUAUGCAAGAGAUUGGCGAUGGUCCUUUUUACAUUGAGAAAGCUGAUAAAGUGCAACUGAAAACAUCAACUUUGUAUUUUUCGUUCCAUGACAACAAAGAAAUCAUGUAUGUGAAGGAGGGAGAAAAAGUUGUAUCGUUUAUAAAACUAUACGCUAACGAGAUUGAUUGUAAGAAAGGGUUGAUUGAUUUGAAACAAUCUCGAAGUGAAAGGUUGGAGCUUGAUCAACCGUUGGACAAUACACCUAAGGAAACUUCCGAUGGUCAAGUACCUUGUCCUCAGCAAGUCAACCCACCAAGUGCUACAAAUAUACAAAGUGAAAGUAACUCACCAAAACCGACUUGUAGUGAAACAAAAAAGAGAAAAAGUCAAACUGAUUCCGAGCAGAAAAGCAAGAAAAAAACCAAUACAAAUACCAAUGAGCGAGUUGUAAUCAACUCACAAAGUGUCACAAAUACCCAAGAAGAUGGUAACUCGUCUAAUUCUAAUGACAGUCCGACAAUACCAGAAAACGCUGAAAGAAAGACCAAGACAAAGAAGAAGAAAAAAUUGAGUGUUGAAUCUAAAGUUUUGGAAGAAUUAUUUAAAUUUCACCUAACUAAAGCUCGUCAAAAGUGGUCAAGAAGCCCUGAGUCACUGGUGAUCAAUGAUGAAAAUUCAAAUGCAAUUAAAGAGCUACUAUCGGACUGUUCAAUUACAAAAGUCACCAAAAUAGUCAAUAGAUUGGCGGUUCUCAUGUUUAGUGAAGAAAAACUUACCAAGAAAUGGUUAAGUGGAAACAAGAAUACGAAAAAUGUGGUUAUAAAUUUGGACGAUCAAAAAAGACUCAAGGAAAUUCUGAUGCUCAUUCAUUCAGUUUAUACAGAUGAAUUCUUUUUCACAUUGAUCAAGAACAAAAUUAUUACGCAUGGACGUCAUCUCGCAGACAAGUACAAAAAAAGAAACGAAACUGGAACAACUGUGCCCAAAGAACUAGCAUCGACAUCGACAUCAACAUCGACGGCGACAACAACAACACCAACACAAAUACCAAUACCAAUACCAAUACCAAUACCAAUACCAAUACCAACACCAACACAACCACAACCACCACCACCGCCAACAGCUACAGCAACAACAUCAACAGCUCAUGACAACAAUGACCAGCGGGGAGUAAAUUCUGACUUAGUAAAUAUAAAAAUGGAAAACAACAAUCAAGAAAUUGAUAGCGAUAGUGAUUCGGAUAACGAAGUAUCAAUAAUACACGAAGAACCCAUUCCAAGUACACUAGGACGGAAUUUUUCGUUUAAACAGUCACCGAAAGCAUCUCACGACGAUGAUCACUUAACAGCCUAGACAUUUUAAGAAUAUUUCUCGUUACAAAAAAUAUUCAUAAAAUGACCGAAAAGGAAAAUCGUAAUCCAAAACUAAGUUAAUCUACUAAAUUUAAUUCAUUUUCUACCUUCAGAUGAUUCUAAGUUUCAUUUGAAGUAAAACUUAUUUUUCCAAUUAUAAAAUUUAUUAUUAUUAAUAGAUAAUCAAUUAUUUUUUUUCUCGUUAUAAUAGUCGAAAACAAGUAUUAAAUUGUAAUCAUUUGUAAAUUGUAAUAGUUUACACACCCAAAGACUUGAAUUUGUACCAAUUUGUAAAUCGCUUGCGAAAGUGAUAGUUAUCAAUUCAAAAUGAGUGUUGAAAUGUAUUUUCAUCCACAAUAUUUAUCAUCGUCUUUGGAUUAACUUUAUCUAUUGAUAAAAGCAUCCAAGUUAAUGACUAACAAACUGAUACAAACUCAAAGUUUUACUGUAAAUAUUAUUAAUAUUUGCCUUACUUGCUAAUCAAUUUUGUAAAAGAUCAUAAAUGCUUUGUUAUUUUUUUGUAAUUUUGUGUCAAAUUAAACAGUAAACAAUAAGUGUAUUUGCCUUU